UAAGUCGAUGUGAUGAUCGCACCGGUGGUUAAACUACACUAAACACUUGAAGUAGAGAACAAAAUAUAAUGGCGAAUGGAACAUUAAAUUGGAAAUCAGUUAUUUAUGACCAGCUGAAAGCAAGAAAUUCAAAAGAAAGAUACAGAUUUACAGAGCUAAUAGAAACACAGAGCAGACUAUUUGAUGUUCGCUUUAAACUCCAGUCAGAAAAUAUAAGGUUGGCUCAGCAAACUCAGACACUGAGGACGGAAAACUUAAGUCUUCAAACUCGGGCUCAAAACAUUGGCGACAAUUCUGCAGUAUGGAAAGUAGACAGAGUCAAGCAACUUGAAGAUCAGGUGAAAAAGGCCCAAGAAGAGUUGUUAGACCUGACUAAAAGAAAAGGAGAGAACACUCAAGUGAUUGUUGAACUGACUAAAGACAACAACGAGAAAGACUUCACUUUGAAAUCAGUUGAUGAGAAAUUGGAUACUGCCCUGAAAGUUCAGAAUGAUCUACAAGAACUUACAGAUGUCUUGAAGAGAAAAGUGAAUGAGCUGGAGCAAACAAAUCAAUGGCUGAAGGAGGAACAAGAUAUCUUGAAUAAGGAGUAUUCUACCCUUAAUGACGAAACUGGAAAGAUGAAGGAGGAAUUUGCCUUUUAUUUGAAUGAAUAUAUGGAAUUAAAAAAACUGGAAGUUGAGCAGCACAAUAUUGAAGCGGAGGAAUCUAAUAAGAAGUUUCAAGCACAGCAGAAGAAGAUUAUCGAUAGUGCAGCAGGCCAACAGGUGGACAUUAAAGAGGACCCAGAGGGAUAUGAACCACGCAUGGCCCCUAUUUGCUAUGCUGCCCAGGUACCAACCAAAGCCCAGUAUACAUGGGAGGCUCAUGACGGGGAAGUCAAUGCUGUUCUGUGGAGUCGAACGGGUGCACAAUUUGCUACUGGUGGGUCAGACUGUAUCAUCAAAGUCUGGGACUAUAAAGGAGGCCAGUGUUCAGUGCGAGGUCUCUUGUUGGGUAGCAAUGGUGGGAUCACCUCCCUUGAGUAUGACCUGGAGGAGGUGAACCUCCUGGCUGCCUCCAAUGACAAAACUUGUCGACUCUGGUCUCUGAACGACCAACGAUUAUGGGUGACACUGACUGGACACAGCAGCAAGGUUUGCACAGCCAAGUUUCUCAGAGACAGCAGCAAAGUGGUGUCUGGGAGUCAAGAUGGAACCUUGAAAAUCUGGGAUGUAAAAUUGGGAGCCUGCUCCAAGACAUUUGUAAAAGGGUCAGGCUGCAGUGACUUAGUGACGCUACAUGGGAGCUUCAUAAUAAGUGGCCACAGCGACAAGCGUGUGCGCUUCUGGGACUCCAGAGUGGAGAGCUGCACAAACUCGAUUGAGCUUGAUAGCAAGAUUACCUCCCUUGAUCUUUCCCCAGAUCGGACCUUGUUGUUGGUGUGUACAAAAGAAGAUGGAUUAAUUGUAGUAGAUCUUCGGCAGACCCAGGUCAUUAAAACUUUGGGUGACCAAAAUUUCAUUGUGGGCUGCGAACGACAUCGUGCAGUGUUUAGUCCAGACGGGAAGUACACUGCAGCGGGGUCGAUUAAUGGACAUCUUAUUAUCUGGAAUUUUGAGACGGGGAAAGUCGAGAAAACGCUCCAAGAACACACGAAUGCCAUCUUGUCAUGUUCCUGGCACCCUGCUGGAUCCUAUGUGCUAACGUCAGACAGAAAGAAGAAAGUAGUUCUGUGGACAAACAUAUGAAUUCAUACACCAACAUUUAUAGUGCAAAAUCUGACUUACCAUACCAAUGCAGAAAUUUACAUACCAUUCCUCAUUUUCCAUUUGCUGUGGUUAUGCUCAUGUAUAAUAUAGUCCCAACAAGCAUUUUCUUACUGACAUUAUUUAUUUAUGUUCUGAAGAACACAAUUAUGCAAUUUUGUUGAUUGUUGUGAAGUUUAUCGAUACCUGUUCAUGUAAAUCCUGAUGUCAUGUGUCAUAUGUUUAAAGUUUGUUUUCCAGUACAUAUUAAUCCUACAAAUGCCAUAGGUGUAGAGUGUGAUAUUAAAAUAUAUUUUAAUAAUGAAACUUUUAGUAUGGACCCUGUUUUUAAGUCAUGCCUGUAUUAUAAAGGUGUUUAUUGACAGUUAAAAAUACUCAAUAUUUGAAAAAAAAAUCUUUUAUAAAGAAAAAUACCGGAAAGGUCUUUCAUACAAUACUCUUGUUUCUAUAAGCACUUGACAAAUAUUUAUUGUUUUUGGUGAAUUAUGUUAUCCUGGUAUUGGGGCAUUUUCUUGAGACCGGGUAAAUCUGUACAAGUUAUAAUAAGGUAUGUCUGGGCAUACAGAUUUACCUGUAUAUGCUUUCUCUUCAUUAAACAACAUGUAUGUACCAUGCAGGAUUUUUUAUUUAUAAGCAAAACUGUGUAGGGUUCUCUUCUUGCUGGAUCUUUAUCUCAAAGUAAGUAUAUAUUUUUUUAAUUUAUUCAUUAAUUUAUUGUUACUUAUAUAAAAACAUUAAAUAAAUAUGUAAUGUAGUAAUUGUGUCUUCUUUCUACACUACCCAUGUGCUAUUUAAGUGGACUUGUUUGCAUGUUUCCAUAUUGAUUGAUUGAUGUUGUGGUAUUUACCAAACAAAAUAUAUUACUUGGAAUCAUCUAAAACUAAUAUAUAUGAAAAGGUUUAAUAAAUAAUGACAGGAUUCAAAUCAGGUUCUUUGAGAACAAAAUGUGUGCCAUACCACUGGCCAUUUACGCUUUCGAUCUAAACAGUGUAUUUUAAAUGCUAUGAUUAUAUAAAACAUAUUUUUCAAACUAUCAACGAAAAGUAUUACAAACAUGAUGUCUAUAGUUGUAUAUUAUUAAAUUGAUAUAUGAAGGAAACACAACUGUUCUUUCUUCCUACAUGAAGAUUAUUUUAUUUGUUUGAAAUUAAUAUAUAUUGCAUUAUUUUGGAAUCUUAGGAUUUUUUUAAUUGUCAUUUUGCAAAUCUGUGAGCAGAUGAUUUGAGUGGUACUUUUGCAAAAAAAAAGAGUUUGUUCAAAACAUUGAAUAAUAAAUGAAAAUUAUGUAUUUUGGGCCAACAUUUUUUAAAUGAGCUUUUGCAAGAUAAAAUAAUACAUAUUAUAUUUGAAUCUUGCUUUUUAUUGUACAUACAAUAAUAUUGAUUUGUGGAUUUCUUGUUUUGUUUUGUUCUUACAUAACUUUAAACUCAGUUUUCACAAUUCUAGCUCAAAGGUCACAAAACUGAACUCAUCUUAACCCAUUUAUGCCUUGUGGACUCUCCAAUACUUCUAAAUUGGAUCAAUUUGUUUCCAAAAUUAUAUAUGGAUGUCUAGUUUAUUUAUUUCUAUAUAUUAAGAAUAUUUCUGAAAUUCCUUUCAGCAAAAAACGCAGACCAUGAUGAGACGCCGCAUUAUGCGGUGUCUCAUCUGGUUCUACGCUGUUUGCCAAGGCCUUUUUUGUAAACGCUAAGGCAUAAAUGGGUUAAGGAAAACAACUUUAAACUAAUGAUAAGAUAGUGAUUAGGACCAUGUAAUCAUAUUGGAAUAACGUAUAUAAAGUAUACUAUUAUUUAAAUUUUUCAUGAAAUAUUGUGUGUCUGAAAGUUUGUAAUCCAAAGAUUAUUGCAUAUCAGGGCCAUCAAUCUAUUAAAUUCGGCGGCAGUCCCCCACCUAAAAAGUAUACUUUUUUCCCCUUUUGGGGGGGGAAAAAUUCCCCCUAAAAAAAAAAAAAAAAAAAAAAAGAAAGAUGUGUCUCAUGAUUAUUAUAUCUCAAUUCUAUUUCAAUUUAAUCUUUGCAAAAAUAAUAAAUUAUGGAAAAUGCAAUGAAUAUAGUGCAAACAUGUACAAAUGUAAUUAUGAGAGAGUAAGUAAAAAAAAAAAAAAAAGGGGAAAAGCCGUGAAAAUUCCCCCUCCUAAGGGCU